CUGCCAUAGUGCAACAUGACUCAAAAGUUGCUUAUACAGUAUAUUAUAAGGUUGUAUACCGUAUUUUAAAGUGCCUAAAAUACCCCCAGUUUAUUUGCCCAUAAAUAUCAAGCUCCAACAAUGCAAUUCUUCCCUUUUCCCCUUCUAAUCUCUCUCAUCUCUCUAGUAAGAAAAAAAGCAAUUAUGUUGUCCACUGUACCGGCCUUUUCCAUGUCUGAACCAGGUUUAGUUAAUCAAUUUUCGGGGUUCCAAACCGGGUUCACUCCUUGGGAAUGGGACAGCUCUGAUCUUUUUUCCGUUAACCAACUGUCUCUUGAACCGGCCAUUCCCAGUCCAUGUUAUGGUGAAUCCGACUCUGGUCUCAUCAAAAUUAAUUCUUAUUUUGGUGACAUCAAAACCGGUUCUGAUGAAAAACACACCGGUUUCAACAAAAUUGAACCCGGUUUUGACGAAGUUCACAGUUCCCACGGCGUACCAGAUGAACCGGACUCGGACGACCCAAAACAAUGGACAGCCAUCGCGAAUUCCGACUCGGGAGACCAGAAUCAUAACCGGACUAAACUAAUUCAACCGGAGAUGACCGAGGAGAAGAAGAGGAAGAGGAUGGAAUCGAACCGGGAAUCGGCGAAAAGGUCGAGAAUGCGUAAACAAAGUCACAUUAAUAAUUUAAGCAACCAAGUAAACCAGCUCGACAUGGAAAACCGUGAGCUCAAGAACCGACUCCAGUUAUUUACAUACCAGCUUCAACGAGUGACUACAGACAAUAUCCAGCUCGUGGCGGAACAAGACAUUCUCCGGUUAAGAUUGUCGGAGAUGAGGCGGUUCCAGAUGAUCAGACAACUUCAACAACAACAACAAUGGGAACUCAAUAACCGGAGAAUGAUCAUGACUGAACAAAACCCAUCUUCGAUCACUGAUCAUAUGAUAUAUAAGUAAAUAAAAAAAAACAAAAAAAAAAUAGAACGAUACCAUCAAUCUCUUUCUUUGUCUCUCUAUCUCUCUAUGUAAAUGACAUUGAAGGUUAGGGCAGAGAAAAGGAUAGUUUUCGAGAAGGAGAAGAAGAUGAAAAAAGUUUUAUUUUUUUGUAAUCUUUUUUUUUUCCACUCUCGUAGGAAGUGAUCGUUGUCGUGUUAUGAUAAAUAACUAAAAGAGUUAUUACAUUAAUGCAAUGAUAACUUUCAUGGGAA